AUAUAACACUAAUUAUCUAGUAGAAGUAGAGCUGUAAGGAUGGAUAUGGAUGACCUAUUAAGGAAGACACUAGAGAAGCAAGCGCUGCGAGGCAGCUCCUCAGUGCGAGGGAGGGGAAGAGGAAGAGGCGGAAACACUAACAAGGCAGAUAAGAAACUGGGGGGAAGAAGUCUUCACUUAUCUUACUUGAUCAACGAUGGCUUGCUCUACCCAGGUACGGGUGUACUAAAGAUGGAGUAUUUUGGGAAUGUAUUUGAAGGAGACCUGCUGGAGGACGGAUCGGUUAAGUGGAAAGACAACAACCUGGUCUUUGCCACUCCGAGCGCGUGGGCUUCACACUGCAAGCGUAUAGUUAACCCGGACAAGAAGAGCGCAUGUGGCUGGACCACAGUUAAGUAUGAAGGGAGAAAGCUGGAGUGGUACAAGAACCAGUGGUUACAGAUGCAAGCAGCUAGAGCUGAUGGCUCUUCUGUCAUUCAACAGUUUCAGGACGAUGAUUUUAACGAGAAUGAUAGUGAAGAUGAUAACGCGUCUCAGUCUCAGGGAGAAUCAGAAGCGUGCAGCUCGGCAGCUGAAAGUCUGGUUUCAGAGCCUGUCAUGACAACAUCCUCCUCCGGUCAAAUACCCCAACCUGCCACCACUCCUAUCUCCUCCACACCUGCCACCACAACCCCACCUGCUAACCUUGAACAACCUGAACAACCAUCUACCUCAGCACUCAACAACAUGACACGUGACAACAUGACACGUGACAACAUGACACGUGACAACAUGACACGUGACAACAUGACACGUGACAACAUGACAACACCCUCCUCCGAACAACAAGGCCAGUUAACCGAAACAGAGCAAGCAAUGAUGGAACAAGCAGCCAACAUGAACAAUCACCAGGUGGAUAUAGCAAGUCUAGCGCACAUGUUACUAGGCGAGGGAGCCACUAAACUAUCAGACAUGGAGAAGCUAGUGCUGGAGAAGGCGCUGAAGGAGCAGAUGGCAGUGGAGGCAGCAUUAGCAAACAGGCUGGCAGAAGCAGAGAUGUUGAAGCAGCACAGCGAGGCAGCAGCACUGCUCCAGAAACAGAGCAAAUCAGCACUCGAACAAAAACAGAGAGAGGAAGCGCUGCUGCAAGCGCAGCAAGAAGCUAUCAUCCAGGCGCAGCUUCAACAAGAGGCUCUGCACAAAAUACAGCAGGAGAUAUUAGCAGCGCAUAAAGAGAAGGAGGAGAAGGAGAAGAGGGCUAAGCAGAAGGAGCAGCGAGCCUCCUCUAAAGAGAAGGCAUCAGCCCAGCAGCACAUCGACCCAGCUCUCCUGCAGAAAUCCCUCCUAGAGCACAGUAUGAUACAAAACGCGCUGCUGAACCAGGCUGCCCUGGAAAAGGCUAUUCAGGAGCACAAUGCUUCAGGUAGUAAUGAUAAAAUGACACAGAUGAUAUUAGAGCAGGCUCUCUUCCAGCAAGCUAAUAUGAUACAGCUAGCUAUAGCGCAGCUAGCUGAGGAACAGGCUAAAGCAGCCCGGACGAAAGAGCGUGAGAUAAUGAAAGAAGCGCGUCAAGAUGCAGUCCCAGCAGAGUCCUCACUUAUAGACUGUGUAAAGUUCAGUGUGGUGGGACAGAAACAACCGUACACUGUCUUUAUAGGGAGUAACUCUCUUCUUCUCAUGGAUUAUCACUGUCAUCUGAGUACUGACGAGGUGUACGGGUAUCUAGGUGGUAAAUGGGACCCGAACAAGUUGACACUACAAGUACAGAGCGUGUUUCCCUGUUCCCUGAACAACCCUGCGGACCAGACUGAGUGUACUGUUCUCCAGAACAAGAUCCGGGAGCUCAUCACACAGCAGGACAUGACUGUGAUUGGCUGGUACCAUUCUCACCCGACAAGCUCGCCCCGUCCUUCCCAACACGAUAUAGUGUGUCAGUCUGUUCACCAGCAACACAUGAGAUCACUUGACGGACGUAUAGAUCCCUGCUUGGGGGUCAUAGUGUCCCCUUUUAGAGGCUCUACACCUACCAGUGAAAUGCAGCUAUUCUGUGUUAUGCACACUAACGACGGACGACCAGUUCCUAUGCACUUGGAGUACACGUGUGUAUGGGAUUCCACUAUCUCCCCCGCGCUAGCAACUGAAAUGAGAGCUAUGUCCCUGCUUUACUCACAACAAAAAUCAGGAGUCAAAUUUGAUCAACAUUGGCGAAACAACAUGAACAUUUUCCGAAAAAUGACAGAGUCUCUGAAACAAAAAACUCCAAAAGAUAUUAGCGAGGAUCAAUUUGUGGAUGUUAUGAGGCAAAUUGUAGCAAAAGAGGAAUGAGACCUGUUACGGACUACUGUCUUACUUCCACUUCCUCUCAGCACACAGUUAUUUUGAUAAGAAAUUAUACAAUUAUUUUAUCUCAAUUUAUAUAUGUUCUCUGUUAUUGUUGUACAUUUUAUCAUUCUUAUUUAUCAUCUUGUUGAAAAUUGGACAAUAA